AUGUGCAAAACAGAUGGUUAUCCCAUAAAUUGGCCACAACGUCGUUUACCAAUCAUUGAAUGUAUGACAGCAUUUACACCUGAUAUUCUAUGUAUACAGGAAUUACAUCCAUUAUUACAUGAUACUCUUAUAGAAGCAUUACCAACUCAUGCAUUUAUACAAGAUGAUUUUCCCGGUUGGCAAUAUGAAGGUAAUAUAUAUUGGAAUUCUAACAUGUUCAAUAUGUUAGAAUACGGAAUGGUUGAUAUUGGUAUAAUGGAACCAUUGCGACGUUUGUUUUGGGUACGAUUAACAAUUAAAAUAUCUACAAACGAAAAUGAACAACAAAGACAAUUACUUGUAGCAACUGCUCAUUAUACUUGGGAAGGCCAUGAAGAAGAGCGUAAAACAGAUAUUAAUUUACGUAAACAACAAAC